UUGGUCAAGUCCGCACCUGGUUGCUGGCACUGUAGAGGGCUGUAAUGGAUGCAGAGCGGGGCUCAGUAGCCCCUCGGGAUAUAGAUACCCUUAAGAAGGAAGUUCAGCUGCGGGUAAAUCCUCUGGAGCUGAAGUUUCAGGAUGCAGUAUCUGGGAAAGUAUACCGCCUCCCUCUUACUGUACACAAUUUGGGCCGUUGGAACCAGAAGAUCAGAUUUCAAGAGCCAUCGAAGCCACAGUUCAAAUUGUUGUUGACCAGUCUGGAUAAGGAGCUUGCUUCUGGCCUUCAGAUGACAGCAAUGGUGGAAUAUCAUCCUAAUAAAAAUGAAGACACGUCUGAUCACAUCUUUAUUUCUGUAGGAAAUAAAGUCCUAGAUAUUCCUCUAUUUGGGCUGAUUCCAGUCUGUCAGCUGGAAAUUGUACCAGUAGUUGAUUUUGGCACAUUGGUUGCCAAUAGUAAAGUGCAUUGUAAAGAGAUUACUAUUAUUAACCGUGGCAAAGCUCCAGGGAAGUUUAAAGCAGAAUACCAGGGUCAGUUACCUAUUGUCAUUUCUCCAAGUAGUGGUAUAGUAAAGGCUAAAACAUCAAUGGUCAUCAAAGUGGAUUUCUGUGCAGACCAGGCCCAAAUUGUAAAUGAAAUGGCAAGAGUGAGUUUGCAAGGUCGUCCUGAAACAUUCUUGAACAUCAAAGUGCGUGUGGUUGAACAGAUCAUUGAAUUGUUUCACAUGAAUAGUGAAAGGAAAUUGGAAUGUAUACGAUUUGGUUCUGUGUUCUUCGGAACAUCAAAACUUGAGCAUGCUCUUUUGUAUAACAAUAGCCCUGAAUCCAUAAACUGGGUGGCAAUAAUGCAAGAUGAUUGUGUUGGAGAAGAGCUGGGAACAAAUAUUCAUCAAAGGACAGAUAUUGCCGUAAAUAAUAUCUCCUACUUAAACAAAAUAAAGAAAAUAGAUAUGACUGAUUUUAUGUCCUGCGUUCCCAAUGAAGGGACCUUACUCCCUUAUCAAAAGAUUGUCAUUACAUUUUGUUUCAGCCCAAAGCUGGUAGUUGAUACUAAAAAGGAUGUUGGACCUUCACAUAGGCAAGACUAUGCUCUCUUUGUGAGAUUUGAUUCUGUGGGAAGUAAAGAUGGAUUUUUGAGAGAUGAUAACGCUAAUACCAUGAAAAGUAAUCGACUUCAAAAAGUGGAAUUAGCUCUGACAGGCUCUGGACUUCCAGUCAUAUUACAGUUUGAUCCAGGAAAAUCACUUACUUUUGCACCUUGUCACAUGGGUGAACAUUCAGAUAUUCUUUGUAUUGUAAAAAAUCAGUCCAUAUCACUUCCUGUGAUGUACCAUUUUAAAAAAACUGCACACUUUAAAAUGGAUCCUGAAAGGGGCAAAAUUGAUGAAGGAUGUAUUCAGAAUGUGAUAUGUUCAUUUGUUCCACAUCAAAUUGGAGUAUUUAAAGUAAAGCAAGUGAUUGAGAUUAUUGGACCUGUGGCAGAUGAUAAUCUACGGUCUUUGUCAAUGAAACCUUUUCUUUACAUACAUUUAAACUUCAGCAGCACUUGCAAAGCUUUCACCAGGAAAGUUGGAGUGAAAAUUAAUCCUGGUAUAUCCCCCUUGGUCAGUAAUCCCACAAGACACUUUGUGGCUAAAGAUUCAGAGAAAAAGGACGAUCUUCCACCUGUAGCUGCAAUGCUCCAGUCAACAGCGACAAACCUUCAUGAUCAUUGCUUAAAAGAUGAGUCAACGAAGAAUGCACUGAUUGCUUUUCCUAACGACAGAGCUACAAGUAUCAGGUCUGGAGAUCACCAUGAACAUUUCAGAACAAUUUUCACAAAGAUGCCAAGGUAUGAUUAUACAGAUCCUGAUUAUGAAUAUACUGAUUUGGAAAAACUGGAAAGAAAAGCACAUCGAGAUUACUACACAAACUAUAUUAACAAUUUAAGAACUAUACGCCUACGUAAAGAAGCACAGAGGGAACGAAAGGUUCCAGUUAAUGAAGUAGAUAUUGGCAUGCUGCCAUUAUCUGGCCUAAAGUCACCAUUACUAUCUCAAUCAGAAAUAGAAGAGGAAAUACCUCCAUCCUUAAAAACUUCUCUCAAAGCUAACAGAUUGUUAAGCACCAAGAAAAUAGCAUCUAGAGAGUCAGAAUGUCUGCAGAGAAAGAUCACCAGAGGGCUUAAAUCGAAGCCAACCACUCACCAAGAAAAACAUGACUGCAGCAAAGUUUUGACACCAAAGCAAAUUCAUCAAGUAAUUGUUGGACCAUCUGUCCUUAAUUUUGGUAAUAUUUGUGUGAAAUCUACAAAUGCUCAGCUACUUCAUAUUGUUAAUAUGCUGCCCAUGUAUAUAUUGAUCCAGUUAGAUGUUGAUUUUGAAGAACUUCAGAAAACCAACCAAUUUUCAUAUGUGAUCCCACCUACAUCUAGUACAUAUAUUUCGAUGGUAUUUGAAUCUUCCACAAGUGGAAAAUUUUGGAAAUCAUUCACCUUUAAAAUUAAUAGCAUACCUGGUGGACACAUAUUAGUGAUGGCUACCAUCCUGCCUGUAAAACUUGAGCUGUCUUCUAAUGAGAUUGUACUGAGACCACAAUCCUUCUUGUUGAAAACAUGUUUUCGUGGUACAGUUAGGCUAUAUAAUCAUCUCAAUUGCCCUGCCCAAUUUGGAUGGAAACCAGUAACUACAUUGAGAGGAAUUGCAUUUACUAUUUGUCCAGCCCAAGGCACUGUUGAUCCAUAUUGUUCAUUGGAAUGUGAAGUCACAUGGCAGCCAGGUUUUAGUUCUCCGGACAAGGGAGAAUUUUUGCUACAAGUCUCUGGAGGAAAUACUUUGAUACUGAAGUGUAUUGCACAUGUUGGUCACACUAAAGUCACAUUUUUAGAGCCAAGAAUACUGUUCAGUAAUUGUUCUCAAGGUUUAACUACGUGGAGGAAAGCCAUUCUUCACAAUGUAGGGCAAAACCAUGCUUAUUUCAAGGUUUGUGAUCAAAGCCUUUUGUCUACCAUUAAUAUUGUUCCAUCAGAGGGAAUAAUCCCAUUUGGGGGAAUAACUGUUCUUAAUAUCUCCUGUACACCCUCUGUAGCAGAAAAGUUUGAUACAAGAGCAAAGGUUGCUAUUCACCAUGCAAAUGUCAUAGAUCUUAGGAUUGGUGGAUCUGUCGAAAUUCCUGAUGUUGAAAUCUCACCUAGCACAUUUAAUUUUAGCGGUACCUAUGUUGGCACUACAGAAAUUAUUCCAUUUAUGAUAAAAAACAGAGGUGUGACACGUGCCAGAGUGGAGUUCAACCUAAAAGAAUUUCCACUUUUUGCAAUGGAUUUUAAGGGAAAUGCAGGGGAGUGCAAAAAUGUGGAAGGUCCUUAUAUGUAUGCAAUAGAGGUAGAAGAAGGCACAUCUGCAGAAUGUGGCAUAACAUUUUCUCCGGUAGAAGUGGCAACAUAUAAAUUUAGCUUUCCGGUCCUUAUUAAUUCCUUUAAGGCUUCAGAUCUCUACUGUGAAUAUUUGUCACAGAAAAAGGUUUUGAUGCCAAGAGUCUCACCACUUAUUCCACCCUGCUUUGUUCAAGCUACUGUGUUGCGGGCACCAUUGGAAUUAUCCAGCACUGUGUUUCUCUUUAAAAUCCCAUUAUAUGAGCUUCAGCAUAAUAAGGAAGUCACAAGAAUUCAGGAUCUUGUCUUACAUAAUAUUUCAAAAAAAACGGUUCUCUGGUCAUUGGAUAUUGGCAGAAUUGACAAAUAUUUCAAAAGCGGCAUAUUCAAAUUUACUGCACUGAUUGGAAGCCUGAAACCAAAUGAAAAGUACACUAUUUCCAUACAUUUCUGUCCAAAACAGCCCAUAACAUACCUAGCUGAUGUUGCUAUACGUUUAAAUGAUAAUUUAUUUGACUAUAGAAUAUUACAUCUGAUUGGAGAGAUACAAUUACCAAAGAUAUCUUUUGAUCCAUCAUUUAUAUGUUUUACUCCUGUUCCUUUGGAUGUUACAACUGGGAUAGAUAUCAGAAUUUUGCCACAAAACUAUUUCAGUAAUUCAACUCUUCACUUCAAGAUUCCCACUGCAAAGCUUCUUGAUAAUGAUGAGAUUCACCCACUUACUGUGACAUUUCCAAAUGGCAGAGUCAUCAAAGGCUCUAAUACUGGACUAAAUGAUGAGAUAUUAUGUCAUCUUAGUUUCAGUUCAUCUAAACCUGUUUCAUUUUUUACCAAUCUUUUUUUUAGUGAUGAUAGAAAUAACUGGUUCUCACUUCCAGUUACUGCAACAUCAGAAAAUUGUAUUCUUACUAUUUAUCUAUAUUUGGCAGUUCAUUUAGACACUCAGAGAGUUGUUUUAAAGGAAGAAAAACAAGGAAAUAUUACAAAGCCUAGAGGCAGUUUUCUGGUUCCACGUAGAGAUUCCAAAUCAUUUGCUUCACCGAAAAUGAAAAGAGGAUCUCUUGUUCCCAAGUUUAAUGAUGCUGAAGUUAUAUGUGGGAACCUAUUUGUUGGGAUGGAAAUUUCACGUGAUUACUUUGACUCAGAUGAAAGUAUUGCAGAAAGAUUAUAUGCUAAACAACUGGAAAAUGAAGAGAAGUAUCAACAAUUCUUUGCACCCGAGGAAGGAUCGAAGGCUUUUGACUAUUUUCAGAAGGUUGUGAAUGCAGCUCAGACAUGGUUCAGUCUGUUUGGCUGGCCAGAAGGACCCCAUUCUCUUUCUAUUCCUGAGACAAUAAGAAGGGAUGUGCAGAAAAUACAAUUCUAUUCAACAUCCUCACCACCCAAGAAAUAUUCCAGACAGUAUGAUUUUUCCAAAUAUAAUAAGACAAUUUAUGAUGUGAUACUUCACUUGAGUGGAAAACUGCCACCUGGUAUUAACUCAAGCCAGUCCUUACCCGUGGAUAACGUUGAAAGGGUGAUGCAACUCCAUUUGCAGCAUGCCUCACUUCUAGACUUUAUCACUGCUCAAGGUGGAUGCAUUUCUCAUGUGCUGCCAGAAUUUUUGCUUGAACCAAAAGAUUAUAUGAAGUGGCUGGAAAUUACAACAUCCACUAAAAGCACGGCUCUCUCCACACUUAAGGGAAACUAUUCUGUUAAUAUAGAUAUGGAUAAUUUUGAAGCCUGGAGUAAGCGGGCAUGGACAGAUGUAUUUCUUCAGAUAUACAAGGUUACGAUUCUAUCUCGGGUGACCCCACAUUGCUCCAGUUCUAUGCCACUCUUGCAUGGGGAGGAUAAAUCAAAAAUCAGCCCUUGUUUUGCAUCCAGCAACAUAUAUUCAGAUUCUGAAAGGAUUCUACUUAGUUGGUUGAAUACAAACUAUGAAAGCCAACGAACUAGUAUAUGGAAAAAUAAUAAAAGUGAUGUGCCCCCUGGAAGAUGGAUAGUGAAUUUUGACUCAGACCUUCUUGAUGGCCUUGUGUUUGCUACACAGCUGGCAGCAUACUGCCCAUUUUUGAUUGAGACUUAUUUUAUAAAUAUGUACACACGACCAAAGCGCCCAGAACAAUAUUUGCACAAUUGUUUGAUUAUUAUAAAUAGUCUUCGUGAAAUUGGAUUUGAUUUAAACAUACAGGCCAUCGACAUCUGUGAUCCAAACCCAGUGCUGAUGCUAAUGCUCUGUGUUUACUUGUAUGAGAGGCUCCCUACAUACCUCCCCAAAAAAGUGGUACCAUUCUCUUGUACUCUAUAUGAUGUUGUGGUGGGACAGAUAUUAUUGAAAAACCCAAGCUUGAAGAAUUUAGUGUAUACUGCUACAAUUGUUGGAAGAGAUGCUAAUAACUUCUGUCUUGCACAGACAGGGAAUGUUGUAACAAUUGCUCCAAAAAAUCACAUUGUGCUUGUUGUGAAAUUUUUAAGUCGCUUUCUCCAUCCUGCUGAAGCUACACUAUUAUUAAUUUCAAGACCUAAGUGUGGAAUAGGAGGCAGUACAUUGGCCUUUGCUCUAAAGGGAGAAAUACGAAAUUUUAAAGCAAUUGAUGUCAUAAAAUGUAAAGCUCCAUGUUAUCAAUGGAAAGAAGUCACUGUGAAUGUGAAAAACCCCUUUCCAAGUGGUGGAGAUUUUCAACAUAUGAGGAGUAGCGACUAUGCUGCUGAUCAGAGUUCUUCCCAUGCUGAAAAUGGCUUAAGAACAUCAAUUAAGUCUAACUUCAUCAGAGAAUUCUUCUGUUCAUCAACAACACUUUCCCUGAGACCAAAAACAUCUUCAAGUCUGGAGGUCUACUAUCUUCCCUUUGACAUGCAUGUUCGCUAUUGUGCCAUCAUCCUGAGCAACAAAGAUAUUGGAGAUUUGAUAUACAUUAUAGAAGGAAGAGGUUUGAUACCCUUGCCUUCCAAUUUCCUUCCAUUGGAGCCUCCAAGUCCAAUUGACUACAGCACAUCUCUAGAAGAAGAUAAAGAGGAUCCAAUUCUUUAUUUGAAUUGUAAACCCAAUCAAAUCCUUGAUAUGGACCUUAAAAUACCACUGACUAAUGAAGCAAAGGAAAAGGCUUUGGCUUUUGCAGCACAGCAACAGAUGUCAACACUUGAAUAUGAACGAAGGGCUAUCUCUGGUACUCUGGAGAGCAGUACCAUUCGUGCGGCUGUUGCCCUCCUAGGACUUACCAAGAUUGAGUGCCUUUUGCUCUUUAAUAUGUCAAAAUUGAAGAAGCCUAAAUCCAUUUUAUAUACAACAGAACUGAGCCUUCCUGCACAUUUCAAUAUACCCAGGAAAAUUUACAUCCCUCAGAUUCCAGAACCUCCAGAUUUCCAUAUGCAAUCUCUUCAAAUUAAACCUCAAAUUGUAUCAGGAGAACGGCCAUUCCAGAAACCACUUCCAAGCAUCCAAGCAGCUUUAGAAGGAACAGUUUCAAUUCCUCUAAGAUUUGCUCCCCUUGGGUCUGGAAGAUAUCCUUGUAAACUUUUGUUGUUAUCAAGACAUGAUGUACGUGUGUAUUUACUUGAAGGUAUAGUAAAUGAAGAAGAACCAGAGGCUGAAUUGUUAUUUAAAACACCAGCAUUUCAACCGCUUACACAAAAUAUCCCAAUAAAAAAUGAAUCAAAGAAACAUUCGAAAUUUCAAGUUAAAAUAGAAGGAGAGUGGUUUCAUGGACCUCCAAUUUUACAUGUUGGCCCUGGUGAAACUAUCCAGUAUCCUUUGACAUUCAAACCGAUUUUGGAAUGUGAAAUUACGGGUAAACUUACUUUACAAAAUGAAGUAGAUGGAAUGGCACACAUCGUUGAAAUAGAUGGGAUUGGGACAAAACCCAUUGCCUUGGACCACAUCAUUAUAGACUGCAAAGUGGGAAAAGUGACAGAUAAGUCCAUAAUAGUGCCUAAUUAUACAAAAAGUCUCCUGACAUUUAUGGUAACUUCAGAUCUCUCAAUAGUGUGGGGAAAUUCCUUUAUCACCAUAGAACCUGACAACUCAAUUCCUUAUACUCUCCAUGUAUGUCCUUGGAAACGUGGCACAUUCAAAGGCGCAAUUACGUUUUUCGUUAAGACCAGAGAUGAGGAAGAGUCUCAGGAAGACACUGGUACAGAGAAAGACUUCUAUUCUCAGGAAACGCCAUCAGAUCAUUCUACCAUUAUUUUUGAGGAAUACUCAGAGGAAAAGGUUAAAGCUCUAAAACUCUGGUAUCAUCUUGAAAUCCGUAGUUCUCCUGGACCUCCUGUAGAUAUAAUUGAACUUCAUUGUAUUGCCCUGGAGACAACAUGCAUUGAAAUUCCUAUCUCUAAUUCAAAAAAUCAACCUGUUUAUUUAGAUGUGGAAUUAACAUGUUCUGCCCUUAAUGGACCAGUAGAAAUGACAUUGGCUCCAUUGGAAAGUGUGAACUAUAUUGUAUGGUAUUCUCCAGCAACCACAGGCUAUAAAGAAGAAAGCAUUAUUUUUCAACCUGAAAUGGGUGAAGAAUUCUGGUAUUUACUUAAAUUAACAACUGAACUUCCAAAACCAAAGGAAAUACCAGAAAUGCAGUGUGAUCUUGGAAACAACAUCAUUCAAACCCUUCCUUUAUAUAAUCCUACGCAUGAAACUUUAGAAUUGAGAAUAAGGAACAGUAAUCCUAUAAAUUUUGUCAUCGAGCUUAACAGAAAAUUACCAUUGGUCCUCCUACCCCACUCUACCACAGAGCUCUCUGUUUACUUUCAUCCAUCCAGACUUGGGAGACAUGGUCAUGAAACAUGCAUUAACUUCUAUUGUACUCAGUUUAAAGAAUGGAAAUUCUACCUGUUUGGAGUAGGACUAUACCCCAAGCCUAUAGAAACGAAAAGAGUAACCACUAUUCUUGGUCUUCAGGCAUCUGCCAUGAUACAUUUCAGAAAUCCUACCAAUGAAGAUGUUUCUGUUGAUCUCAUAUUAACAAAUAAAGAACAGCCCAAGGGUCUUGCAAUUGACCAAUGCUGGAAGACCUUCCUCCAUGAGAAUGCUGCCUUUCGGUUUAGCUCUCUGAGAAGAACACAUGGAAUUGUAGUGCCUCCUAAAGGAAAAUUAGAUAUCCCAGUGUUAUUUAUACCUUCUACUAUGGCAUUGUAUAAAACAAUGGUGAUUGUUAAAAUGAAGAGAACAAACAAAAAGAAUUGGCUAAUUGACAAUUUUGAUGAACUAAGUGCAGAGGCUAAGAGAUAUAUUGGAGUAGACUAUGGGGAAAUUCAAGCAAUACACUGGAUGUACCCUAUCAUUGGACUUCCCCAGGCACGACCACCUAAAAGUUCUCCAGUUAUCAUAAGAUGUCAGGCCAACAAACAAAGAGAAGAAAAAGUGGAAGUGUCAAUACUUGGUAGUUUUUUGACUACACAUCCAAAACCUGACAUGGCAGAAUUUUUAGUUUUUCCAAAAAGAAAUGUAUAUAAAAAUAUUUAUGAAGAUGUUGAUGUAAAUUCAAAAAGACAUGAAUUUGAAUAUGAAAUCGAGUUUGAAUCUGAAGAUGUGAAGUCUAGCCUGGACUCCUCUGUAACUUUAUAUUUAUUCAGAAAACAUUUUAACGUAAAAAGUGAAAUAAUUACAUUGAUUUUCAAUGUGAUAUUUACACCAAGGAAACCAUUCAGUGCUCAUGUCACAUUAAAUGUUGAGUGCAUAACAAAUGGAAUUUGGAAGUUUCCUAUAACAUUGAUUGCUACUGAGCCUGAAGUGGUGGAUAUCAUUAACAUCCGUGGAAUAGGUUUAUUCAAGACAUCUGAAACAGAAUUUCGACUGACAAGUCAGACAAGGUAUUAUGAGCCAUUUGUGGCCCGUUUUCUACCAGGCAGUGAUCAAGAGUUUUUUGUAAAACCUCAGUCUGGAGAACUCCCUCCAUUUUAUACAAAAGGAAUUGUCAUCAUUGUAGGAUUUAAACCCCAAAUGUACAGUAAGAAAUAUCAAGCAACACUUGCAAUACAGACAGAUGAAAUAUAUUGGUUGUAUGAAAUAAACGGGUUAGCUCCAUCACCGAAAUCACUGACACAUGUAACAGCCAAAAUUGAUGCUACUAGCAAGGUAUAUGACUGCAUGCCACCAAUUCGACGUAAUUUUAUUCGUGAAAAUGCUAAACUUCGAAGCACAGCAGUAUCUUCUACUGUUAAAGGUGCUCCUUUAUUCAAAAAGUAUAAAUAA